CGUUGAUUAUAACACAUCCACCAAGUUACAGCAACAGAGCAGUGAAUAGGUUGGGCCAUUCUAGGCCGGCAGCGUAGGCCAUUUUCUGGGUUAGGAUUUGGGUCGAUAAGAGUUUAAAACCCAAACCUCAACUUACUAUCAAUUUAUAUGUUAUAUUUAAUUUAACUGAAGGAGCUGCUCAAAGUCCGGCCCAGAUAUAAACCCCUAAAACCAUAGCACGACGUUCACCCCCACUCCACAAGGAAGACAAAAAUGGAAGGGAAUGGGUUGGAAGGAGAUGGGUCAAACGGAGAAGCUCUGGGGAAGUGCUUGAGUGGCAUCGUGGACGAUGGCAGCACGGAGAGUCACCGAUACUACCUGUCACGGAGAACUGUGCUGGAGAUGCUGAGGGACAGAGGUUAUGCCGUACCCAUCUCUGAAAUCAACCUCUCCCUGCAAGAAUUUCGAGCCAUCUAUGGCCAAAGCCCUGAUUUUGAUCGUCUCAGACUCUCUGUUACUCAUAAAACUGACCCUUCGAAGCGGAUUCUGGUAGUUUUCUAUGGGCCUGGUAUGGUUAAAGUUAGUGGGAUUCGUCUCAUUGCUGGUCUAAUUACUAACAAAGAAAGUUUGACUGGGUUGAUACUAGUCUUGCAAAACCACAUAACAAACCAAGCUUUAAAGGCUCUGGACCUUUUCUCAUUUAAAGUGGAGAUAUUCCAGAUCACUGACUUACUGGUUAAUAUUACGAAGCAUGUGUUAAAGCCCAAGCAUCAGGUCUUGACAGAACAAGAGAAACAAAAGCUCUUGCAGAAGCACAGUAUAGAAGAGAAACAGCUUCCUAGAUUGUUAAAGAAAGAUGCCAUUGCAAGAUAUUAUGGUUAUGAAAGGGGUCAGGUGGUCAAAGUUAUGUAUGAUGGUGAGAUCACCCAGUCACAUGUCACCUACCGAUGCGUUUGGUGAUGCGGCGAUGCAGUUUCCCUUUGUAUUUUCCUGUGGGAAGUUGCAGAAAAUAGGUUGUGACUCCUACUCAAGGCAAAAGAAGAAUUGUGGGUGGAAUGGCUUCCGUCACCAUCCACAGAGAUAGAUGAGGGAAAAUUAGAGGUGGCAAGCCGGCGGGUUCAGGUCGGUUAUUUUGGAUUUAGAUCGCCUCAAGUUUGGAUCUUGAUGGGUUCGUCGUUUUCAAGUCAAGUUGUCUUGAGAAUAAAAGUGGUAAUUAAAUUUUGCAUUUGUGAAAUAUCAUCUUAUGCAAAUUCAAUCGAUUUAAUUUUCAGUAUUAAGUUUGUAUUGUUAUGGAUUUAGAUUGAAUCAAUCUCAGGUUCAUGUCGUUUCAGAUGA